AUGAUUGAAGAAACUAUGCCAGAUUAUGAUAUAUCAUCACAUUUUAUUUAUAGUAUUGCUAAGUUUCUUGUUAUGUUAUCACAUGAUACACUUCAUUCAAAACAAGAUCAAUCACUUUUGGAUAUUUAUUCAACACAAUUAACACUAUUUGAUGUUGUAUCAUCAUUUAAAUUACGACCAAUUGAUCCAUUUGUUGUUGCUUUUCGAGCAUCAACAAUUAGAAAUGUUAGUUUGUUUUUAUUUAUGAAAUUUUCCUGUUGGUUACGAGAUGAAACUUUUAGUGAAGCUCCUCUUCGAGUUUCACAUGACGUAAUAACACGAAUUUUCGGAAAAUAA